GGUCGAAGGUGGUUCUGCGCAUGCUCGAGGGGGGGGCGGGGGGAAGAGAAAGCGCGGGAGCGUUUUGCCGGCCGGGCCUCGUCGUGCUGUCCCAUGGACGCCCGAGAGCGCAACUUCCUCCAGAGUCCUGCAGCGUAGCGGUUAAAGCACUCGCAAGCGAGAGGACCCGGGUUCGAUAACCGGGCGUUUGGCAAAACCUUAGGCAGGAUUAUUCUUUCCAUGACCUGAUCACUUACAAGAAUGGAUAGCAGUCAUUCUUCUGUACAAUAUGAACUCCUGGCUGAGAUUGGAAAAGGCGCUUAUGGAAAAGUUUACAAAGCAAGAGACCUGAAGAAUAAUGGGAAGUUUGUGGCUCUGAAGAGAAUUGAAAUUCCCAGAAGAGAAGAAGGAAUCCCUUUCAUAGUAAUUCGAGAAGUGGCCUGGUUAAAGAAGUUGGCAGUUUUUGACCAUCCAAAUGUAAUUAGGUUAUUUGAUGUACACCUCACCCCGCAAAACGAUCAGAUGAUGAAAUUGACACUUGUGUUUGAACUCAUUGACCAAGAUCUAUCAGCUUUACUGAUGAAAGUGGAUGAGCGAGGACUUCCCCAUAAAAAAAUAAAGGAUAUGAUGAUACAGCUGUUUAGAGGUCUGGAUUUUCUCCAUUUAAAUCAUGUGGUGCAUCGAGAUUUGAAGCCUCAAAAUAUUCUAGUCUCCAGCACUGGCCAGGUAAAGUUGGCUGACUUUGGUCUGGCACGAGUGUACAGCUUUAACAUGGCACUGACACCUGUGGUUGUUACUCUCUGGUAUCGAGCACCAGAGAUUCUGCUGUAUUCCAGAUAUGCAGCAGGAGUUGACAUUUGGAGUGUUGGCUGCAUAUUUGCUGAAAUGGUUCAAUUAAGGCCCUUGCUUUGUGGGAUUUCAGAUAUUGAUCAGCUUCACAAAAUAUUUGAUACCCUGGGGCUUCCUGAGGAGGUGGAUUGGCCUGCAGACUCUCCACUGCCCUACAGUUCCUUUACUCCCAGGCCAAACAAGCCCACUGAAGACAUUGUGCCUAAAUUCGACUCAUUAGGAAAAGAUCUGCUGCACAAAUGCCUGCACUUCAAUCCAGGCAAAAGGAUCUCCACUUAUGAGGCUCUUGCUCAUCCAUACUUCAACGAUACGUCAGAACAUUUUGACGUUGAGGUCAAGAAGGAAUAAGGGAGCAUUUGUCUCUUAACUGAAAGAAGGCACAUCUCUGUAGUUGCUGCCUACACCACCCACAGAAACACUAGCGAAAGAGAGCACUAUUCCUGAUUAGCACGCAGUAAUGCAUUCAGUAAUGAAUGGAUAUACCCCUACCAACGUAUCUUAAGGCCAACCUUGGAAGAUAACCUACUGCUGUCCCAAUGUCAUUGCUUCUAGUUCCCACACCAUGUAACAAGAUGAUCUCGUUGAGGUUGAGAACCUUACAGCCAGCACACUUUCAUCACAUCAGUCUGGUCAGCAUUCACACUCUAAUCCUAGAGACGAAAGGAUAAUGGCAAAUGCCCUGUGCCACCCAGACUGCAAGAAUGGUUAAGCAAAAUCAUUGAACGUGCCUUUAUUUUAAACCAGGCAUUAUCACAAAUAGUCAAGAAUAAAGAAUUGGAAUGUGAAUCAAAAUCAGGAACAUUUAAGAUCAAUCUUAGCAGUUUGUUCAUCUGUGAGACCUGAACUCAGCACAAUAAUUGUUGAUCCCAGUGACUGGGUUUAAGAUGUCAUUGUGUAGAUUGAUGAGCCUUUUAGCUAAAUAUCAGUAAAUAUGGCAGAAAUGACCGUCUGUAGUACCCGAUUGUAUCGGGAUUCAAGCAAUGCAAGUUGAACGGGAGUAAGCGGGAAAUUAUUUUAUUUUAUUUUAACACUAAGAUAUAUUUUAGCUGCAAAACUAUUAUUUUUUGAAUUUUACAUUAUGCUGAAAGAGAGGAAAGUGAGUGAAGUCAACUCAUUUUCAGGACACAAUUGUUUUUAAAGAAAAUUGUUAUGAAAAAUAGAGAAGCAGUUGAUUGAGAGGACACUUGCCAGGGAACAGAGGUUUUCAGAAAAUAAAAACAAAACUUGCAUUUGUUACAAAGUACUGAAUGCAUUGGCAUUAUAUCUCACUACACUGCAGGAAUAACUAAUUUAUACUAACUUGACUGCAAGUGUUAAUAUUUGUACAAUUUUUGUUGUGUGUUCUGUUCUAUGUAUUGUGGCUGUUUAAUCGCUAUUUUAAUUGUAUUUUUGUAUAAUUUUUUUCACCAGUUUUCAAGUACAUUGUAUUCUGACUGUUCCAAAUUACAUCAAUCACUACAAUCUUUAGUGUAUUUUAAGAGAUUCUAGAUUGUCGCUUGGAGACUGAAGCUUCGAGAGUUGAGGUCAAUAAGUGCAAAUUGUUGUUGUUACAGAGUUAUAAUUUUUUUAAUUGCACUGUGCUGGAAGAACAUGUGCAAAUAAAAUUUAAACUUGAGUGAUUAAAA